CAAAGUGUCUCGUCGCUCGUGGAGCAAGUUUUUGGAAGUUGUUGCGUGGACUGUCUUCGUCACGGAGGCCAAUGGACCUCCACCGCGCCUUCAAGAUGGAGAGCUCCUCCUACAUGCCGGCCCCCCUGGCGUCCCCCGCCCUCAUGGUCCUGGCCUCCACCGCCGAGGCCGGCCGGGAUGCCUCCAUCCCGUGCCAGGCUCCAAGACCCUUCGGCGUGCCGGCGUUGGCGGAGAAGGAUCUCCACCUGCCCUUCCCCUCGGCCUCCUACACCUUCGCCUCCAUGUACCAGCGCCAGGGUCCCGUGUCGGGUGCCUUCGCCGGCCGAGACUUCCCGGCCUCCCUGCUCCACCUGCACCCGCAGUUCGCCCCCCCGAACCUGGACUGCUCCACCUUGGGGAUGCUCAACCACAGCGGGGCGGCCGGCGCCUUCAGGCCCUUCUCGGCGGCGCACGAGGACAGGGAGCCGGCGGGCUACCACUCGGCGUUCUCGCCCGCCAAGAGGCUGAAGGGUUGCUUCUCGGAGGCCGAGGGCAAGGACUUUGACUUCAAGUCCCCCACCAGAGGCUCCCUUGAAGCCGGAGAAGACCCGGGAAGGAAGUUGUUCUCCGUGUCCGGCCUGCUGUCUGACGGCGAGGCCUCGUCCAGCCCGGAGGAGCGGAAGGAGCACCGCAAGGUGAAGGUUUUCUACGACGCCGGGGCUCCGGUGUGUCCGGUGUGCCAGAACGUUCUGCGACCCGGCGAGCUGCAAGACCACAUGGAGCAGGAGUUGACGCAACUCAGCCAGCUUCAAAUCAGGUAG